AUGGACUGGCUACCAGAGUAUCCACCAAACUUCAUGAAAAUAAUGCGAGAACCCUCUGAGAAUUCCAAGAAAGCAAAGAAAGCAAGGUUGGGUGAAUCCUCUGUGUCAAGACCUCCAGUCCCUCUAGCAGGCUCUCCAAGUAAGUUUAUACCUCUCUCCCACUCUGUUAAAAUAAAACCUAUUACUUCUUCUCUUUCCCAAACCACUCCAAUAUACACCUCCUCUGAAACUCCUCCCUCAACCACCAGAACCUCUAACCCACCCUCACUUAAAUUCAACCUUGCUACCACCACACCACCCGUUUCUGAAGCAGAAAUGUUGAAUGAAACUACAUCACCAUCAUCAUCAUCAUCAUCUCCACAAUCCCCAUCUUACUAUGUACUCUCCUCCGACAAUGAACCAUCUGACCCCCAAUCCCCCACUCUGGCUCAGCUACAAGCCCGUGCUCUGGCCUCUCAACAACCAUCACACUCUGAACCUAAACCAGCAGUCACUACCCCACCCCCUAAGCAAAAUCCAACCACAUCUGAACCACCUCAAACACCACCACCAGCAUAA